UUAAAUUAUGAAUAAAGAAAGAAAAUAUCUUUCGAGAUCUAGAUUGACUGAUCCAGAAGUUGGAACUGUCACAACAUGCGUUGGCAAAAUCAAUCCAAAGUUAUAUGGUGACGGUCUCCAAAAUUUAUGCAGGAAAACUCAUGAUAAUCUCAACCGAUUAUCCUCAAAUAUGGCAGACAAACUGGAACCAUGUUUACAAUAUGGAAUAAAACACUGGCAUCCCAGUGAUAGACCAAAGUCAGCAUAUUCAUCCAAUGCAUAUCCAAGUCCACCAGAUCCAAAACAAGUAAGAUGGCAUGACACAAAUAUCAUGUUUACGGACAGCCAAGUUCUAGACAACAUGAAAUGGCCUACUAAAAAGGAUUCCACUAAAGAUGAUGAGUCAGACUCAUUAAAUUUAUCUACAGGACCCAAAACUACCUUUUGUUACAUUUGUUCCACAUUAGAGGAACACAAGAGACAUUUGCUACAAUACAGGCCAAAGAGACCAGUGUCAGCCAAACCUAGGAUUGAAUAUGUAGCUCCAAAACCAAGGGUAAAGCAAAAGAUGAUAGAGGAGGCUCCAAACAUAGGGGAUCACUUGUACAGGGUGGAUAUAUACACAGGGGAUAAGGUCAAUGCAGGGACCACAGGGGAGGUUUUUAUUACAAUUAAGGGAAGUAGAGAUGUCUUGUACAGAACUAAAUUGUCCAAGAAAACUUCAAACUUUUCCUUUAUGAGAAAUACCAAAGAAUCAUUUUUUCUCAAGGGACCGAGACUUGGGAAUCUAGAAAUUAUUACAAUUGAGCAUGAAGGAGGGAAGAGAAGUUUACGGUGGUUCCUCGACAGAGUUGAGAUUACAGACAUGAAGUCAGGGAUGAUGUGGGUGUUUAAAUGUCAAGAGUGGUUUGAUUCCCCUGACAGUCGGGACCUGAUUGGCAAGGAGAAGGAACAACCAAUCAUAGAUUAUGACAUCACAGUGCAUACAGGGACCAAGUCCUUUGGUGGUACUGAUGCCAACAUUUACUUGACUAUAUAUGGUGCAAGAGGACAGAGCCCAAAAAUUCAUUUGGUAGACUCUUCAAAAGGGCAGAAGUGUUUUGAAAAGGGGAGUGUCGACAAAUUCAGAAUUUCUCAGCGAGAUUUGGGAGAGUUAAAGAAAAUCAGGAUAGAACAUGAUGGCAAAGGUGUAGCCUCAGGAUGGCAUUUAGAAAAGAUCACAAUUGCCACAAAUGCACCAAAACAGACCUAUUACUUCCUUUAUGGGGGAUUUAUUGGGAAAGAUGUUGGAAAAGGACAUCUAUAUCGAGAAAUCUUUGCCAAAAAAUCACUUCCUAAAGAAUUAACUACAGGUCCAAAGACAACAUAUAUGGUAACAGUGCAAACCGGUGAUGUCAAGUACGCAGGAACAGAUGCAAACGUCUUCAUACAAAUUUGUGGUAAAGAUGGCAGAGCCACUCGCAAAAUCAAGUUGGAUGACUCUAGGAACAAUUUUGAAAGGGGUGCUGUAGAACAAUAUAAAGUGGAAGCUCCUGAUGUUGGUUCCAUUUCUCACAUUAUUGUUGGUCAUGAUAACUCAGGACCUGGUGCUGGAUGGUUUCUAGAUGAGGUCAAAAUCAAAAGAUACAUCUUGAAAAAAGAAGCCAGCAAAUAUGUAAAGAAAGAGCAGGACAAGAGAGAAAAGAAAGAAGCUGCACUGAGAAAAUCCCGAGAGGAAAGUCCCAAUCAGCGAAGGAAGAAGCGAAGAGACGAGGACAGUGAGGAAGAAGAGGAAGAGCUGAGGAGAAAGGUUACUCCUCCUCUGUAUGAGGAGUGUGUGUUUCCAUGUAACCAAUGGCUGGCCAAUGAUGAAGGAGACGGUCUGGUACAGAUGGAACUAAAGAGUGCCAGUAAUACUCUUCAUUUCAGUGAGAAUUCCCAAGAAGAGAAGGUACACUACACUGUGAUAGUCCACACAGGAAAAGUUCAGUAUGCUGGGACAGAUGCUGAUGUUUUCAUCCAAAUAUUUGGAGAAAAUGGAAGAUGUUCCAGAAGAACCAAGCUUGAUGAUGCCAAAAAUAAUUUUGAGAAGGGAAUGGAGGAUAUUUUUGAGUUAGAGGAUGUGAACCUUGGUACCUUGUCUCACAUUGUGAUUGGCCACGAUGACUCAGGACCCGGCUCUGGAUGGUUUCUAGAUGAUGUGAUAAUAAGAAAACAUUUGACAAAGAAAGAAAUCAAAGCUCACGUAGAAAAAGAGAAAAAAAAGGUUAGAGAAAAAGCCAAGGCAAAACACAAACAGAGAAAGAAGAGGCGUGAACUGCAGGAGUCUGAUACAGAGAGUGAGGAAGAAGAAGAGGCACCAUUUAGAACUCCUGAUUAUGAAGAGUUUCACUUCCCAUGUAAUAAAUGGCUUGAUAAGAAAGAAGAUGAUGGGAAGAUUGAGAGGCAGCUUAAGUGUAUGAAGAAGCAACUUCACUACAAGGGAGAAGCCAGUCAUGAAGCCCCAAGCACAACAUACCAAAUCAUUGUGAAGACAGGGAAAAAAUCCUUUGCUGGGACUGACGCAAAUGUUUAUAUACAGCUGCAUGGAAAGAAGGGCUUUGAAACACCAAGACUACCAUUGGAUGAUGAGAAAAAUAAUUCUGAAAAGGGACAGACGGAUGUAUUCAAGAUUGAGACAGUAGAUGUUGGACCCUUGGCAUUUGUGACAGUUGGCCAUGAUGGCUCAGGACCUGGGGCUGGAUGGUUUCUAGAUGAGGUGCGAGUUCGGCGAUAUAUUCAGAAGAAGGAGGCUAAGGAAUACAUUAAACGUGGUCGAGAGAAGCCUCUUUAUGAGGAGAGUGUGUUCCCUUGUAAUCGCUGGCUUUCUAGUAGUGAUGAUGACAAGAAAAUAGAGAGACAACUGAAAUGUAAUCAAAGAACCCUCCAUUAUGAAUAAUAUGAUCAGAUUUUGAAGUUAAAAUCAUGAACAAAUUUUUUUCAGGCUUACUAGGGAGGUGCUGGAAUGUUCGUGUCUAUAAAAAAAUCAGAUUUUCAGUAAUUCCAAAGAAAUUUAAUACUG